AUGUUCGUCGGAAAAUCUCUCCGUCUGGCGCAAGCCUUCCUCAUCGUCGCCCCGGCGUUCAUCCUCUUCGGCUACAACCAGGCCGGCCUGGGUCCCCUGGCCAACCUGCAGAGCUGGGUGCAUCAAUUCCCUCAGAUCGACACCAUCAACACCCAUGGCGCUGAGAAAUCCACCAAUUCCACCCGGAAAGGGGCCGUCGUCGCCUCUUUCCAGAUCGGCGCCCUCAUCGGUGCCCUCAGCUGCACAUUUCUCGGGGACCGUCUGGGCCGUCGCAAGACCAUCUUCCUAGGAGGAAUCCUCUGCAUCAUCGGCCAGGUGCUGCAGGCCGCCUCCUAUGACCUGGCACAGUUCGUCGUCGGGCGCGUCAUCCUAGGUAUCGCCAUCGGCCAGUGGAGCGUCGCCGUCCCCGUCUGGCAGUCCGAAUGCACCUCAGCCAAACACCGCGGCCAGCACGUCGUUGUCGACGGCAUCUGCAUCUGUCUAGGUUACGUGCUCUGCAACUGGAUCGACUUCGGCUUUACCAAGGUUUCUGGCAACCUGCAAUGGCGCAUCCCUCUUGCCGUCUCCGUCGCCUUCAACCUCGUCGUCCUGGCCGCCGUCUUCCUGCUGCCCGAAUCCCCCCGCUGGCUUGUCCGGGUCGGCCGCAUCGACGAAGCCACGACCAGUCUAGCCGCCUACAAGGGUCUCUCCCCAGACGACGAGGCCGUGAGCAUCGAAGUGGCCGGCAUCGAGAACUCUCUCGAAUCCUCCGCCGCGGGCUCAUCCUCCCUGAAGGAGAUGUUCUCGGGAAACGACGAGGAACGUCUCCUCUACCGCUUCUGUCUCUGCAUCGCCCUGCAGUUCUUCCAGCAGAUGUGCGGCGGCAACCUCAUCUCCGUGUACGUCUCUACCAUCUUCGAAGAAAACCUCGACACGAGCAAGGACCUAGCCAAGAUCCUAGCCGCCUGCGCCAUGACCUGGAAAUUCCUCUGCUGUUUCAUCUCCUUCUUCGUCAUCGACCGUCUCGGCCGUCGCUUCGUCUUCAUGGUCUCCGGCGCCGGAAUGUCCAUCUGCAUGGUCGUCCUCGCCAUCACCAACUCCUUCGGUAAAAGUAACCACCCUGCUUCCAUCGUCUCCGCCGUCUUCAUCUUCCUCUUCAACUCCUUCUACCCGAUCGGAUUCCUCGGCGGGAACUUCCUCUACUGCACUGAGGUCGCGCCCAUGCGGCUCCGCGUCGCCAUGUCCGCUAUCUCCACGGCGAACCACUGGCUCUGGAACUUCGUCGUUGUCAUGAUCACCCCCGUGGCGUUGGAGACUAUCGGCUAUCAGUACUAUAUCGUCUACGCGGUGAUCUCGGCCUGUAUCCCUGUGUCAGUAUAUUUCUUCUACCCAGAAACCAUGAAUCGGAAUCUCGAGGCGCUGAACCAUGUCUUUCGCGAUGCGACUACCCCGUGGCAUAUUGUCUCCAUGGCGAGACAUCUACCGCAGGGAGAAGCCGCCGAGGUGGAUCUGUAUAUGCGUGCGAAUGAAAAGAGGGCGAUUGAAGAGAAGGAACAUGCAUGA